AUGACACAGUUGGUACUUAAAGCCAACUAUCAGCGAUGUAGUGGAAUUGUCUCAUUGGAUUUAGAGGAUGGAACGCUACAUACCAUUACGAUCGACUACUAUACAUCAGCAAAUCAUGUGAAUCGCUCUUUUACAAUCACGUGUUUCGUGCCUAAUAAGGAACUCGACUUGGCAUCUAUACCGUUCCGGAUGUCUUUAUGGAAUGGGAACAAACAAAUCCAGAAUGUACAGCAGGCAACACUUAGGAUCGGUGAUCAAUUGAACGCCCGGCUGGAAGCGAAUGCGCAUUUUUCAUAUCCUGUUAAAAUUAUAAAGUUUCCAUGUUAUUCUCGUUGCAAAAUGGUUUCAAUGAAGUAUUCAGUNCCCGGAGGUAAGGCUCGAGCCGAGGUGGUUCGGGAGGGAUGCCCUUCGAUGAACGACCCGGCAGGACGCAGCCUGCGAUUGGUGCAGAACAUUUCGAAUCUUGGCUCUAUACAGAUGCGAUUCACAAUCAAUGAACGACUCAUGCCUUGGACUAAAUCCACGUGA